CCGUGGGAAAAAUUGCGACUUCACAUUCUUUCGCUGCUGGGGGUGAUCGUCUUUACUUGAGGCAUAAACAAAAAAUUUUUAACUUAUUUUGAGUUUUUCUUCACUUUUUCGUGUGGCAAAGAAGUGAAUCACAAUGAUAAAGAUAAUCGUGACAUUUGUCACAUGUUUUGUGUCGGUUUUGAUGAUAGUUUUAGCGUUUGCGACCACGCAUUGGAAUCAACAUACGACAAGAGAAGCUGGCUUUGAUGCAAAUCAAAUCCACUAUCAUCACGAAGGCUUAUUUGAAAGAUGCUUUGAUGUGUAUGAAAAUGACACGUUUGUUGAUAGUAAGAGUAAUUGUAUGAACAUUGAUAUUGAAGGUCAGUAUAAAAAUCUUGUGUGUAUUCUAUUACUUCGUUUAUAUAAAAUAGAAUAAUAUAUUCUAUAAUAACACAUUCCAUAGAAUAGUUUUAUGUUUUUAAAGUUGUUCUAAUUUUUAUAUCAACAUUAAUACAUGGAAUUAUGUAACACUUUUAAACUGUUCUAAUUUUAAUAAACAUUUCAUAGAAUUUUAAAAAACGUUCCAUGGAAUUGUUCAAAUUGCUGUAUUAUUUAUACAAGAACCAAAGAACUUUUUUUCUGAAGUUUAUUGUAAUUUGUAUAUUUGUACAUCCAUUUUUCAGCUUGGAAUGUGAUUGUCAUGAUUCUUCUUGGAAUUUCGAUGUUGUUCUUCAUCUUGGCAUUUGUGUUUGCCACUGUUUAUUCAUUCUACACAAGACGCUCAAAGUAUCCUCUCGUCACUAACUGUAGUCUUGUAGGUUUAGCAGGUAUGCUAAUAAUUAUACUACACUUUGUAAUAUAGUGCCCCACUUGAUUAGUUUGCUCUGUGUAAUGCCAGAUUAUUUUACUCCUCAAGGGGAGAGUGCUGUUGCCGAAUGGGUCAACCAGCUUUGUUAACUCAUUAAGCUGUAUUGUGCCCUAGUGCACCCUACUUGAUUAUUUUUUCUGUCAAGGGGAGAGUGCUGCUGCCCUUUGGGUUAAAUUUUGACUUGUCCUAAACAGAAAACAACUAUAUACUUCUUGACAUUUUGAGCAAAGGUCCUUCAUCAGGAUAGUUAGAAGGAAGAUGUAAUCAGCUGCUUUGCUUAAAACAUCGAGAAGUAUGUUUCUUUUCUGUUUAGAUGCAGUUGGCUAUUGAGAAAUUUUCAAAAGUUAUAUAUUGAAUAUCACUGCCAAUGCUAGACCUGCACAGUUUGAGCUAUUCCUACAAUUCAAACCACUUCUCUUGAUUAUUUCAGCUCUUGGUGCAUUUAUUGCAAUGAUGAUCUACACAUUUAAACUUUGGGAGAAUGACGUCUUCUUCAGUUGGUCGUAUGGAGCAGGGUGGACUACUGUUGCUAUGGCGCUUAUUGGUAUUGUCCUCAUCAUGGCUGAUAGAUAAAUUGCAGACCACCACAAAAUCUUAUUAUGAAUGUUUUUUUUACCCCAACUCGGAUGUAUUUUUCAUUACAGAUAUUGUAUCUUUGUGUAUUGUACUAACAAUUACCAUUAGUGUUUUUGAAGUGCAGUUUUGUAAUAUACAUUUAACUCGCAAAGUUGUAAAGUAAAGUGUACUCACAUAAAUCUAGUUCAUGUUAUAGAAGAACUAUAAAUAGAAUUGUAGGUCCCUUAAUGCAUACACUAUUAAUUAACCUGCGAUUAUAAGCAAUACAGUACAUUGUGUCAUUCCACUGCAAUAGAAACUGUACAAUUUUUAUUGAUAGUGUUAUAAUCCAUUGUAACAUGUAAAGUAAUUUCCUUCUGAAAAUAGCUUUGAUCAUGGUUUGAUAUACCAUGUUGUAACAGUGUGUUCUAUUCAGUAUUUCAAUAUAUAAUUAAAGAAGACUAAAAACAUUUUUGUGUAAUUUCUUGUAU